AUGCAGGUUUGGCCACAGGGCACUGAGGAGUUGCUACAACACGUGUGGCAGGGGCUUCCCGUGCGCUUUGCCCUGGCUGGAAGAGAUGAUGAGAUGAAGAUCGCUGUGGAGAAAGCAGCGCUGGGCCGACUCGAAGCCUCUGAGGCAGCGCGAUGUGUGGAGCGGAUUUCCAGCACUCGCAUUUGGUUGCUCAUUGGUCCGCUGGUCUCGCGCCUCAGCUGGCUGCGUGAUGCGGUGCGCAAGGGUGACGAGGCGGCCAAGAAGGCCCCCGCCUCGGCGAGCAAGGAGCUAUCGCUGGCACUGAAGAAGAUGUCGGCAUAUGUCGACAUGUUUGGAGAACUUCGUGUCUCUUUAAUGCUUCUACAAAGUCCUAAUGCACAAGAAAAGGCCAAGGCCAUGAAGGUGCUGUGGGAAGCCGAGGCCAUAGGUCAGCCUCCUGAAGCUUGCAUGUUGCAGCUGCGGAACCAAGAAUCUUGUGCUAUUGUGCCCAAGCCUGAUCGGAUCAUCGUCAUCCUUUCAAUCCACCUGGAUGAUGAGACAGAUGUGGCGCUUGGAAGGGCCUUCUGCCAAGAGUUUGCUGAAACAAACCGCCACAUGGCUGCAGAUUUGUUUUUUCAAAAUGGCCAGAGCCAAUUUUGA